UAUACUAAUGUCUAACGAGGAGAACACAAAAAACCCAUCGGAAACGUGCAAAGAAAAUGAACGCGUUAUCAAACUCAAUGUCGGUGGUACGUCUUUUAGCACGGCGUUUAGCACUUUAAAACCAUCAAAAUAUUUUGAGCAGCUGCUCAAUAGCAAUAAUGUUGAAGCACUUGAAAAUGGAGAGGUUUACAUUGAUCGAGAUGGAGAACUGUUUGGCAUUAUCUUGGAGUAUUUAAGAAGUUACAAAAUUCAUGACACUGGUGAUUUGUAUGAGCUAAAAUGCGAAGCACAGUUUUACCAAUUAGAUUCUCUGGUUUGUUUGCUCGAUAAGAUGUUGCAAAAAAAAUGUGACAGUAAGAAAAAAGAAUUCAAGUUGGUUACCUUGGACGAGUUGGCAUAUGAAGUGUGUUUGUCUGGAUUCAACAGCAAAAAUGUGACUGAAACACUAUCCAGCCGAUAUGAGUUUGUAUCUGUUGUAACAUUCUGUUGUAAAAAAUGGAAUUGUAAAACUCAUGGUAGUUAUCCAACCUGCCAUAUGUCCAGAAAGAGUUGUUUUUCAAGCAAUUUCUACUGGGAGCGAGGUGACCAAAGGCAGCUACUUCUCGUAUCUAAAAUUCCCCAUGUACUUAAGCUUAACGUUGGAGGAAAGAACUUCUAUACUAAACGCGAAAUGCUAAAGGAUCUCCCCUACUUUCAAAAUUUGGUGGGCCAACCGUAUGAAAGUACGGGCUUUUCGGAAAAUGGAAGAUCUGAAAUCUUCAUAGAUCGUAGCGGGGAUAUGUUCAGGCAUAUUUUACAAUAUAUACGUACCAAAACAGUUUUUACCAAUAACAAGAAUAUUCUAAACAAGCUAAAGGUUGAAGCCGAGUAUUACGGACUGGAAAAUUUAAUCGAGGAUAUUAACGAGAAAGAAAAGCAAAUCGAGAAUAAUAAGGACGAGUUUUUAUUUCUUGACGAGGAAGAAAUUAUAAAACUUUACAUGGAUUCUCUUGAAACAUCGCCAGCCAUUAAUCAGAAUGAAGCUCGCAAAUCAUCUCAAGUAAUUGCAUCAAUGAACAUAAUAGAAAAUCGAGAUGUCUGUUUACAAUGUGAAAAAAACUUCAUAACAUUUGAAAAAUGUGAACAUUUAAAUAAAAAGUGUGUCGAAGUGGCUUCGAAGAGAACAAUUGUUCGCAGAUACGACACCACUUUUACAGCUGAUCCUAAUUGA